AUGGAUAGUCCUCGCCCCACAAAGAAAUCCAAGAGCAUACCGACUUCGACGCAUCGUCGAUACCGUUGGAACCUACCUGAGAUCCAGAUCCCGGAUUGUUUCCGAAGUCUCACCGAAGGGAAAACUCGGCAAGCUCUCAUCGACCUCGAAGAAGAGCAAGCAGAGCUCAACCAGAUGAUAGCUUUGUCAUGCUUGGAUCCGUCAAGCCUACAGCUCCCUCUACCCGAAAAUUCACUCGAAUUAGUUGUUCGACAAAUAGAAAACCACUUACGCCAGUGGCAGCUAUCGGACGCCAGCAUUGCAAAAGCGCAGUAUUCAAUGGCCAUUUCAAAGGAAGAGUCCAUAGUAUAUAAAGAUAUUAUCUCCCAAAAACGCGCCAGACUUUGGCAGAUGUAUGUUUCUUUGAAGAAACAGCAUCGAAGACUUUCUAGUAGCCUUGUCAAUGAUGCUGUGGACUAUGAUUGGGAUGUGGAGACUGCAUACGCCUCUCUACUGACGAAUAUGUUCAGUAUGAAGGAUGCUACUACUGGUUCCAACGAUCGAAACAAGCACAAACAGGCUCAUUGGGCUGAGUCCUUGCGGGGUUUCUACAAUGUUUUGAGCCCCAAAGAAAGCUCGAAUUUGCCCAGCUUGACGUGGUGCGCAAUAGUCCAAGAUUGGCUGCCCCAAGAAAAGUGCUGUGCUGCUCACAUAGUGCCACAUUCCAUCGGCUAUGCUACCGCAGGCUACAUGUUUGGAGAUGCCGAGAAAGGGGAGCAGAUUUUAUGGGAUGUGAGGAAUGGAUUAUGGAUUUGCAAAACUGUUGAGCAAGCAUUUGACGCCGGCAAAGCCGUCAUCAUACCUCUGAAAGAGCCUCACAACCAUUGGGAAGAUAGGGUUGAUCGAUUCAAGCUUGUGGUUCUGGAUAAAUCGUUACUCGCAAAAGCUUCAUUUGGAGAUGAAGGCAAAUAUAAGUGGGAGGACAUCCAUGAGAGAGAGCUUCAAUUCAGGAAUACAAAUCGUCCUGCCCGCCGAUAUCUCUACUUUCACUUUGUGCUGACCAUGCUUCGGAGAGAUCGUUAUGAGCCUCCAGGAUGGGCAGAAAAUACGAUGACUCUUGUCAGGGGAAUAAUAUGGGCAACACCUGGCGAGUACCUAAGGAGAAGCAUGUUGAAAAGAUUGGCGGGCUUGAUUGGAGAUGUUGAUCCCAAUGAUUCUUCUAAAGACAGGGCAACACUUCCUGAACAUGAUCUACUUUAUCCUGAGAAACGGAAAUGCGGCAUAUUUACUGGUAUUGGAUAUUUUGAUGGUACUUAUUUAGAUGAUUCUGAACAGGGCUCUAGCUGGAUGGAAGACCGCGAGGAAAAGGAAGGGGAAGAAGGGGAAGAAGGGGAAGAAGGGGAAGAAGGGGAAGAAGGGGAAGAAGGGGAAGAAGGGGAAGAAGGGGAAGAAGGGGAAGAAGGGGGAGAAGGGAUAGGGAAAGGAGGAGACGGGGAAGGAGAGGAAGAGGGGAAAAGGAGAAAACUAUUUGAAAAAUUCUUGAGCCGGCCAAAUGAGGAAAGUGAGCCUAUGAAGGAAUUGAAGAAAGAAAGUCAGGAAGAGGAGUUGAUGGCUAUUGAAAUUAUGGCAAGCUUACAGCUUUGA